UGAAACCCAAAUAAUCGAAGGGAAGUGAACUCAAAGAGGAGUUAAAAAUGUUACUCAGGUUGAAUACUCUCAAUAUCCAUGUUGAGAACAUGGUUACCACAGAAACGUAAAGCCAGCCGACAAGAUAAUUGAGACGUACAAAAAUACCGUAUUUUGGUACGUCUCAAUUAUCUUGUGGCACAUACAUACGUGCCUACUUUAUUCGUCCCAAAGGGGCUUUUCAGUUCUCCGACACACGAAGCUGAAGAGAUCCAUUCAAAGCAACGAGGGGGAGAUUAGAAUAAUCCAGUUAUAACAAACCUGGCGGAGGUCUGAAAUCUUUGGCCACGAACAAGGAAGAACAAGGAAGUUGUUGUAAUCUUUGGAGGCUGCUUGGAUGCCUGUGUUGCACAGAAGACAAGUGUAAGAUACGAUUCAGAAUGUCUCGAAAGAUAAGCAACUACGAAAACUUUGCUCAGUUGUCAGCUGAUCACAAUCGAAAACGAUACACUUUGGAAAGAACUGAAUCUUCAGUAUCAAAUGCGAGCAGCAGACUUGAAAAUGGCGGUCAACUUAUCGACGUGUUCUUCACCGUCUUGAAAUGGCUAACGGCCGUGCUCGUUUUCUCAGUUGUUGUGUUCUGCGUGGUGGCCAGUAAGAUUUGUCUGCUGGUUCUAGGACAGCAGUUCAAAGCUUUAAAUCAAACUAAGACAAGUGCUCUGGGAGAUGCUUCUGUAGAGACAAGCAAACAAGCCUCCAUAUUAAUGCUUGUCCUGGUUUUAAUGAUCCCUCAACUCGUGUCUUUAGUUUACGCUACUUGGACAAAUUUAAGAAGGAAGACUCGUCCGUGGCCAACAAAACAAGGAUUUAUUUUGAUUUUGAUUGGUGGGUUCCUGGAAACUCUGUCCCUUUGUUAUAUAACCAUAGUCGGACUGGCGGUUUUACCAGUAGAUCCCAGUGUCAUUGUACUGCUCAUGUGCAGCCUAGCUGUGGUUCCUUCGAUAUGGCAAGCCACAUCAUCAAGAUCACGCUUCCACACAACAAGUGGCAAGUUGCACGCCUUCAAAUUUUCAGCAUCUGCUGUCAUUGCCGUACUUGGUAUUGCGCUGUUAACUUGGAAGACACCUGACAUGUACGGACGGAUAGGUAUCCCGAUCGCGUUUAUUCUUCUCUCCAUCGCAUGGUCGCCUAAGCUGAGGAAACAUCAAGUAAGAAGCAAACAUCAGAGCGCCAACAAAGCUCCUGAGGCCACGAUGCGGAGUUCAGUUUCGGACGUUUCUGACUACAUGUAUAACAGCGACACUGAGCAAGGUGUCACCCAGGGACCCCCUGUGAAAAGAAGAACAGCUUGCGGGAAAGCUGCCAUUGUUUCCUCGCUGUGGAAACUUAUUCUUACACCUUUCCUUGCAGUUAUGUUCAUCAAGCUCUACAACAUAGUUGAGCUGGACAGUAUUUUUGCAGGGUUAAAAGACAUAAAUGUAUCUAAUCCAUCAUUUGUGUAUUUCCUGCUCCAUAUUUUUGCUAGCUUCUUUGGUUACCAUUUUGGUUGGCUUGCCUGCUCACUCUGCCUUCAGAGGGUUGGGUAUGCUCUCCCUUUAACGUUAGCAACACCUAUCGCUAUCUUCGUGAUACAUGUCACAGGGAUAUGCGAGACAGACACCAUUCCCUUACCUUGUACAUCAGACGAUCUGAUCUACAUUCUCGCAGCGGGAGCGCUUCUGUGGGUGGCACAGUUCGUUUCGAUCACUUACUACGUGUGGAAAGGACAAGGAAUGAUUAUGGCGAAAGCACAUGACCUAUUCUGGAUCCCAGACUAUAAUGGUGUCUGCCUUGAACAAGAUCUAUUGUUGAACAGACGCAACGAAGCGUCCGAUGAGGAGCACGUCACGCAGCAAAACCUUUCUCGGGACAUCCGAGUAUUCAUCUGCACAACAAUGUAUCACGAGGAAGAUUACGAAAUGGAACAACUUCUUCGAUCCAUUCUUGACGUCGACAUAAACAGCGGGAAAACUGGACGCCAGUUUGAGUCACACGUGUUUUUUGAUGGAUGUGUCAGGGUAGAGGUACUUAACAGCUAUGCAUUGAAGCUGGCUUCCCUGGUAGAAAAGACGUUAAAUGUACGUCUUACUGAAUGCAGCAAGAUGAAAACCCCAUAUGGUAUGCAGCUUAAAUGGAGGCUUCCAGGGGGAAUGGAAUUUACUAUUCAUUUGAAAGACAAUGCUAAGGUGAAGAACCAAAAGCGUUGGAGCCAGGUGAUGUACAUGUCCUAUAUUUUGGAUUUUAAACAGGGUCUCCUCGGAGUGAAAGAUGAACAGUCCUUCAUCUUAACGACAGACGCCGAUGUCAAAUUUACUCAUGAAUCUGUAGAGGCACUCGUAGACCAGAUCAUUGAGGACCCUAUAAUUGGUGCAGUGUGUGCUCGUACCUACCCCCUGGGGAAUGGACCUGUUGUCUGGUACCAGAUCUUUGACUAUGCCAUUGGACAUUGGUUUCAGAAGGUUGCAAAUCAUAUACUCGGUUCAGUGCUGUGUAGUCCCGGAUGUUUCAGUCUGUACAGGUGCAAGGCCGUCAGAGAGGUGUUACCAACUUAUGCCACCGGUGUGGACCACGCUUUCGAAUUCCUGACCAAAGAUAUGGGGGAAGAUCGCUGGAUGUGUACACUUAUGCUUGAACGAGGCUGGCGACUGACGUACUGCGCAGCCGCAGGAGAUAGUACUUACUGCCCGGAAAGCUUUAACGAGUUUUACAAGCAGAGGCGUCGCUGGACGUUAUCGACGCUUGCCAACCUUGUUCUGCUUGUCAGUGAAUGGAAGAGGAUUUUGAAGAACAACGAUCACAUUUCUUUUCUUUUUAUGCUUUACCAAACAUGUCUUGUCUGUUCCACUCUUAUUGGACCAUCCACAGUCAUUUUGGGUAUAGUGGGUGGAAUGGUGUUCUCGGGCCUUGCAGGCAACGAAAUAAUUACUAUUGUCGUUAUCAGCCUGGCAAUCCUUGUAUACACCUUAAUAUGCCUCUUCACGUCACAAGAUUUCCAGCUCAGGGUGUCCAAACUGCUGACAUUCAUUUUUGCUGUAAUCAUGUGCAUUGUUUUCAGUGGUGUAGCAGUUCAAAUUUCAAACGAGAUAAAAUCGACAGGCAUGCCAACACUAGAACCAAAGUCAGCCUCACCCCAGUCUUUGGAGCAGCACCUACCGGCUGGAAUCAGCACUCUAUACUUGGCCGGGUUAUCUGGCAUCUUUAUUGCCGCUGCCCUGUUGCAUCCCAACGAGUUCACGUGUUUGUUUCAUGGAAUGUGGUAUGUGCUGUGCCUACCCUCUGGGAACGUGUUACUGACAAUAUAUUCUCUUUGCAAUGUAACGGACAGAUCAUGGGGUAAGUAUGCGAUUCAAGCUAUCCACCGCAUAAAUCGCUAUUUAGUGUCAACAAAACAAACAGUCCCCAAUGCAAAGUGAUUUAUCCGAUGUAUAGCGUUAUACACCUUUCGAACGACCCCGGCCUCCUCUUUAAGAUAGCAAGUAGUUGCAUCUGCGUUAAGGACGUUCGCGCUACUUGUUUCUGCGCAUCCUUACUACGCACGCAAAUUCACAC